AUGCAGUAUAUGGAUAGACCCGCGAGGAAACAAGCGUCUGGCCCCAAGGGAAUGAAGACUGGAGCUGGCGAGUACAAUGUUUGGUAUGAUAGAUGGAGUGGAGAAGAUUACAAGAAGGGAGGUGUCGACAAGGCAUUAAGCAGAUGCAACAUUGCUCGAGAUGCAGGCCGUACAAAGGGAAACUGGAAUAAAGGUGCUCGCUUCUGUCUCUAUUUCGCUCGAGGUGCUUGUGAUAAAGGAGAAAACUGUCUGUAUCUUCAUCGUCCUCCUGUAGCUACCGACGUGGAAGAUACAGGAUUCGAUUGCUUUGGAAGGGAAAGAUUUCGUUUGCAUAGAGAUGAUAUGGGUGGUGUGGGCUCUAUUGAAAAGGAUUCAAAGACGCUUUAUAUUGGUCGAUUAUCAACCUCAAGAGACAUUACUGCUGCAGUCAAAAAGCACUUUGCGGAGUGGGGUGAUAUUGAACAGCUAAAAGUGUUUCCUGAAAAGUGUAUAGCAUUUGUGCGAUAUGUCAAGAGAGGGAUGGCAGAGUUUGCCAAAGAAGCCAUGUAUGGACAAUCACUCGAUAGUAACGAGGUGCUCAACGUACGAUGGGCAGAAGAUGAUCCAAACCCAGGAGUCGUUGAAGACCUCAAACGAAAAGCAGAAGUAGCAUUCUACGAAGCUGCUAGAGCAAAAAUGCCUGCAAUAGGAGAUAAAGGAGACGUAUUUGCAUAUGAAAGAUAUUACGAAAAUCCUGAUAAUCUCCAACAGCAGCAGGACGGUCAACAGCAACAACAACCACAAAAAUACCAAACCGCUGAAGAAUACUAUGCUGCCUAUAACGCUUAUUACGCAUCUCAAGCUGCUUCAGGUGCUGGUACAGAAGGUGCCUCAUCAACAGCAGCACCACCGCAGGGUAUGAAUGACAAGUCACAGGAAUAUCAAAAUGCAUAUUGGUCUUGGUAUUAUAUGAUGAUGAAUGCUCAUGGAGGAGCUCCGCCACCGCCUGGAACCAUUGUCCCUGUAGAUAGUCUUCUUGCUUCGGCAGGUGAGAGGCCGAAAAAGAAGGUCAAAGUUGGUGGCAAAGGUAAAAAUAAGAGUGCUGUUGCUAGUUUCGAAGCUGGUGAUGAUGCUACUAGUGGGCAAGAAUCCGCAGCUGAUAAUAAAAAGCAAGAGAGGCAACCGCCUGCAGUGAAUGCAGCCAAGCCAAUAUCACAAAAAGCUACAGCUCUGUUAGCUGGAUAUGGUAGUGAUGAGGAAGAAUCUUAG